AUGGAGAAAAGAGAAAGCAGUGGUGGGUCGGGAUCAGGAGAUCCAGAGGUGAGAAAAGGGCCAUGGACGAUGGAAGAAGAUUUGAUUCUCAUCAAUUAUAUCGCCAACCAUGGUGAAGGUGUUUGGAACUCUCUCGCCAAAUCUGCAGGUCUAAAACGCACCGGAAAAAGUUGCCGGCUCCGGUGGCUGAACUACCUUCGACCAGAUGUACGACGAGGAAAUAUCACAGCAGAGGAGCAACUCAUCAUCAUGGAACUUCAUGCCAAAUGGGGAAAUAGGUGGUCGAAAAUUGCAAAGCAUUUACCAGGAAGAACAGAUAACGAAAUAAAGAAUUUUUGGAGGACCAAAAUCCAGAAAUACAUCAUCAAGCAAGGAGAAACGACAACCGUUAGAUCACAAAGCUCCGAGAUCAUAAACGAUCAUGCGACAAGCACGAGCCAUGUCUUGAAUACUCAAGAAACCAUGGAGAUAUAUUCUUCAACGACGUCGUAUCAACAUGCCAAUAAUAUGGAUCAUCAGCUGAAUUACGGCAAUUAUGUGCCUUCAUCGGAUUCGAUGAUGAUGCCAUUAUCAGUUGAACAAUCCGAAGAAAUCGGUUGGACCGUCGAUGAUAUUUGGCCAAUGCAUUUAUUUAAUGGUAAUUGA